AGAUAAGGGAAAAGGUGAUAGGGGUGGAUCUUUUAGGUUGCGGUUGGGUCCGGGCCAAGGAGAAAGGGUGUUGGGACCCGACUCAGGCCAUAAAGUUUUGUGGUAUGAUAGUGGACACAUUAAAUGGCAUGGUUAUGGCCCCGGAGGAGAAAGUAGAUUCGAUGAUAACAAUGAUAAAGACAUUGUUAGAAGCACCAACGGUUUCAGCAAGAAGUUUGGCAGCGGUGACGGGAAAGGUAGUGAGCUUGGGAAAAGCCUUCCUCCCAAGCCAAGUAAAAUGUAUGGAAUUUUACAAGCUAAUAGAUGCGAGAAAUCGGUUUGUUUGGCAAUGGGACAACGAGGUGCA